AAUUUACAUUUUUUUCCUGUUUUGGUGCUCUACUUUUCCAUGGUUUAAGCCUUGUCGCCAUCUUCGCCAUGUCGGGCCCUUUAGGGGGUCAUCAGGGCUACAUGAAGACGUUCGGCCCAGCUGGCAGAGGUAAGAAACGCUUCGUCACCAAAGGCUUCAAGCUGGGAAGUUAUGUCGUGAUCAAGUACAAGAUUGCUCCCGGGACCUUCAUUGAAUAUGAGGGAAAGAUAGUGGACAAACGAGUUGGAAUCGAGGAUAAAGAGUCCUAUGUGGAGUUGAAAGACUGCCUAACGCUCAAUGCGGAUGGGAAGAUUGUGCAUAUAGACAAGAUGAAGCGCUUGACGGACUCUUUCAUCGAGG